AUGGGUGUCUUCAAAGCCGGUGCGGCGCUUGCUAGCUCGUGGACCACAACAAAGCCUAAGCCCGAUAGGCCAGAACUGAAGAGCUUGCAGCUUGCAGCUGCAGCUGCUAAAAAGGACAUCCAAGAGCAAGAUGAGAGGGAUCGAAAAGCGACGCUGAAAGAAGAAAGACGCCUACUGGCGGCGGAAAAGAAACAGGCGGAAGAAAAGGCUAAGGCUGAGAAUGAGAGAAAGGCAAGGAUGGCAGAAGUCGAGAAAAAGAAGCAAGAGCGCGAAGAGGCGCUGAAAGAGCGAACAACCUUUAAGGUUAAAGUCCCGACCAAUCAUGCACCGCCCAGCUCGUCGGGAGGGGUUCCUCCCGACAAGCUGGUACAAAAUCCAGCUCGUCGGGAGGGGUUCCUCCCGGCGAGCUGGUUUGAAAGCCAGCUCGUCGGAAGGAACCCCUUCCGACAAGCUGGCAUGUACACAGGCUCGCCGGGAGGGGUUCCUCCCGGCGGUGUGACCUCGGCCUCUCUAGGCCAAGGGGGACCCAUGCCUGGGUCCUAUGGGACAGCCUGGCGUGCAGGCACGCACGCCAACCUGCAGGGUAUACCCCCUGCAGGCGAGUGGCGUGCCUGCCUGCACGCCAUUCUGCAAUGGCGUGCAGGCGCACACGCCAAUCUGCAGCUGGCGUGCAGAUUGGCGUGCGCCAUGGGGGUUGGUGUGCGCUUAUCAACCCCCAACAUUUAUAUUUAG